AAAUCAAUAAGAAUUCCUCUACUUUUCUCUAAUUCUCUCCAAUACUCAUCCGCAUUUACAUCUAUUCCGCUCCUUCCUCUCGUUGCAAAGUGCAAAAUCAAUGGAACGCCUGGAAAGCCUGGAAAAGUUGAGGAAGGAAUUGGCGCGAUGGGGCGAUGCAGCGUUCUAUUAUCAGAAGGACAACUAUAUUAAGUCCCACAAUCGCUGUUUUGAGGGUUUUGAAGAAACGUUUAUGGGGAUUUGCGAGAAAAUAAAGGAGCAGAUGGCCACCAAUGAGGAUAUUAGAAAGACUAUGCACGGGAGAUUGUACGAAGGUGUCAUUCACGAUGACAAAGGCGUAGAAGUGCAAGAAGUUACUAUCAAGACAUGGGAUUUCUAUUGUCCAAGACAGAAGUACUAUGGUGACCAUCCAUACAGAUUUUGUAAUGAGCUUGAAAUACUGACGGGUGAAAACCCGCAUCCCAAUUUGAUGAAGAUAAAGGGGUUCUGCUUCCAGGAAGCACUUGCUGUUGUGUAUGAUGAAAAACCAACUAUGUUUUUGUCGUAGUUGCUUCAUUUUGGUAUUAGAGCUACUCAAGAAAGCUAUAGUUUGUUACUAAAUAAAUUUACUACUUCUGUGUGCUCUUGAUGGGUCAUUUGUACCUUUGGCAGGCACUGACUUUCGUUUGCAUGGUAGAAUAAAUGUGGCUACUCAACUUGCAAGCCUCAUUGCUUGGUUGCACGAGAAGCAAUUUACUGUCCGAGCAAUCGAUCUUUCUGACAUAAUGAGUGACGAGGACUUCAACAUAAAAGUGUUCGACUUUAAUUUCCUUGCUCCUAUAAGGGAGGAUAAUAAAACGGUGUACCCCCUUAUUUAUCCUGUCAACCCAGAUUCUCUUGAGUAUGUAAGUCGUGCGUCUCUGCGACUUCUUUUUUCUUAUUUAGUUCAAUGUCUGUACUGCUAGUGAACUUAGUUGUGAGUGAUUAUGGUCAAUGACAUAUCUGUUUUAUUAACUUAUUAUUUGAACCAGUAAUCACUUGUGGGACUAUACUGGGUCGUUGUUGUUGUAUCUAAACCAGUAAGCUCCCAACGUCUGUAUGUCAUAAUCAUUUAACAAAAGCAGUUAGUUUGACUUGUGAAAGAAGAGAUUUUCUCUGUA